UUUGACACAGAUGUGGAAGCCGAAGCGAGUCGCGCUGCUUCUGAAAGGAGUUCGAGUUUAAUAUUUAAACGCGUCUUAACAGGUUACGGCGAGAUUUCCGACUGUAAAGGGUUCGAGAAUACGGUUAAUGCCUUAAUUCAACUAUUCCGAGGCAAUGUCAGGUUUAUUAAUCUCUUUAUUUGUAGCCGGAGAGGCAGCGCGAGCUUAGCUCAGCCGGUCACUGAGGAAACUACAGCAUUAGCCAGCAAAACUGUGUCGGGCUUUUUUUUUCUUUUCUCCUCUAAAUAAGAGUAUUGUUAUAUUCGGUAAAUUAAAGACGGAGUUUCCGAGCUAGCGAAAUACAUAGUAAAGCUGUUUAUGAAGUCUGUCUGGAGGAUUAUAGCAGUGGACCGCAGGGGUGUGGACUGGAAUGAGACAAAUAUUUACCCAGUUAACUAGCCAGCUAGCCAGUGGCUAACUAAAUAUCUGGCGAGAAGCUAACUGGCGACCUGAACCAUGUUGUCUCCUUUUGGGAUCUGUGAGCAGAAGUGCCUGGCGACAGUAAAGGCACAUGAGCUGAGGGCGGGGCAACGAGAACCUCGACUCUUGUCUCUCCUGGAGAGUUCAGGACAGUUCACGUUGAGCGUUUUAGCAAAUCCUGAAGCAGUCAUAUCCUCUCCGGUGCCCCAGUUAUCCAUACCCAUCAAUAGGCAUUUUCAUGUCGUACGUGAAGCAGAAGAGGCUCUUCUCAUUGACUUCUCAAUAAGCACGACGCUGAGAGUCCGUAUCCGAGGAGAGCAAACUCCAGAGCUUCUGCUGGAGUUACAGGACGAUGAGCGCAGUCAGACUUUUUUCCAGCAAGUGAUGAAGGCUAAGCACCAAGCUGAAGGAAAAGGUUCACUGCCAAAGAAGGUGGAGCCUGUUGUUCCUGCCCCACUGAAAGGCUCUGUCCCAGUCCCCCCUCAGAGAAGCGCCUCCAAAGCAGCAAGCAGUUCUUCCUCGAGGGCCAUGCUACAUGGCAAUACCAACAGCAGCACUCCAGGAAAGCCUUUAACCACUGAUUCUGUCGACUCUUCAUGUCAACUGGCAACAGACUUUGGUUUUGAGGAUAAUUUCAGUCGUUUAAAAGUAGAGGAAAAGAAGAAUAUGCAAAAUCGCAUAGUUGCCCCAAGAGAAGCCCCUCCUCCUCCUCCUCCCACACCUCCCCUUCCUCCUCGGAAAGGCAGUUACACCCCCUCUGUUGCCCCGGCUGCAGGCCUACCUCCUAAAGAUAGAGCUCCUCAAUUGCAAAUGGCCAUGCCUGUCAGGCAAGAGUAUAAUCACUCUACAGAGCGAUCCAGCGCUUGGUGUAACAGUCCAACUACACACACCAUGAGGCAGGCUAUGUUAGGCCAGACAAACCUGAGAGAGGGCCUUCUCAAAUACCGUUUGGGCAAGAAGGAGAAGGAGUAUGUGGACAUCCAGAACUUUAGGUUUUUUGCAGGCACAUGGAAUGUGAAUGGUCAAUCUCCUGAUAGCAGACUGGAACCCUGGUUGUGUUGUGACCCUGAGCCUCCUGAUGUGUAUGCAGUGGGGUUUCAAGAGUUAGAUUUGAGUACAGAAGCGUUAUUGUACAUGGAUUCGUCCAGACAGCAACUGUGGGUUGAUGCAGUGGAGCGGAGUCUUCAUUCCAAAGCCAAGUACAUUCAGGUACGCCUUAUUCGGUUAGUUGGUAUGAUGCUGGUGGUGUUUGUCAAAAAGGAGCACAAAACCCAUAUCAGUGAAAUUGCUGCUGAGACUGUUGGAACUGGCCUAAUGAAUAAAAUGGGAAAUAAAGGAGGCGUGGCAGUGCGCUUUGUGUUUUACAACACCAGCUUUUGCAUUGUGAACUCCCACCUCGCAGCCCACGUCGAAGACUUUGAGCGCCGCAACCAGGACUAUAAGGAGAUCUGUGCCCGCAUGAGCUUUCACCUCAUGGAGCAUCCACCUCUCAGUAUAGUCAAACACGACGUGGUGAUUUGGUUGGGGGAUCUGAACUACCGGUUGUUUUUAAAUGACGCAGCUGAAGUAAAGAGGCUCAUCGCUGAAAAUGAUUUGCGGAAGCUCCAGGAGUACGAUCAGCUGAACAUCCAGAGGCUGACUAAACGUGCCUUCACGGACUUUAUGGAGGGAGAAAUCACUUUUAUCCCCACGUAUAAAUAUGAUGCAAAAUCAGACCGAUGGGACUCGAGUGGCAAAUGUCGAAUUCCUGCCUGGUGCGACCGUAUUUUAUGGAGAGGUAAUAAUGUCAAGCAGCUGUGCUACCGUAGCCAUAUGGAGCUGCAGACCAGUGACCACAAACCUGUCAGCUGCCUUUUUAGCAUCGGGGUGAAGAUGGUAAAUGAUCAGCGUUAUAAGAAGAUAUUUGAGGAACUAGUUCGUGAUAUGGAUAGGCUGGAGAAUGACUUUCUACCCUCUUUGUCCCUGACUCAAAGAGAGUUCCACUUUGAGAAUGUGAAGUUUCGCCAGCUACAGAAGACGACUUUUCUUAUUACCAAUGACGGUCAAGUGCCCUGUACAUUUGCCUUCAUCCCCAAACUCACAGACUCUCAGUAUUGCAAACCCUGGUUACGAGCCGAUCCCAAUGAAGGAGUUCUUGACCCAAAUGAGACCAUGGAGAUAUCCUUGGAGGUGUACGUGAGUAAAGACUCUGUAACUCUGCUCAACUCGGGAGAGGAUAAAAUUGAGGACAUCUUGGUGUUGCACUUGGACCGGGGGAAAGACUAUUUCAUUACAGUGUCGGGGAACUACCUGCCCAGCUGUUUCGGAACCUCUCUGGAGGCGCUGUGUCGUAUGAAGAAACCCAUCCGCGAAAUUCCCAUCACCAAGCUCAUCGACUUGGAGAAAUCCAAGAUGAACUUCCUGAUGGACAGCGGCAACGCGGAGGACAAACCAUUAAAGAUCCCCAAAGAGAUCUGGCUGCUUGUAAACCAUCUUUUCACCAAGGCCUGUCACCAGGAGGACCUUUUUCAGACACCCGGACUACAAGAUGACUUGCAGAGCAUCAUCGACUGUUUGGACACUAGUAUUCCCGACUCCAUCCCUGGCAGUAACCAUUCUGUAGCCGAAGCCCUGCUGAUCUUCUUGGAGGCUGUGCCUGAGCCUGUGGUGUGUUAUGAACUCUAUCAACGCUGUCUCGAAAGCUCACAUGACACUCGUCUUUGUAAACAGUUAAUAUCGCAGCUCCCCAGAGCACACCGCAACGUGUUCCGCUACCUAAUGGCCUUCCUGAGGGAGCUGCUGAAGCAUGCAAUCGACAACAACCUCACUGCCAACCUCAUCGCUACCCUCUUUGCAAGCCUUCUCAUCAGGCCUCCGCCGAACCUCUCGAGCAGGCAGACCUCAAACGAUCGGCAGAGGGCCAACGAUUUCAUCUUGGGCUUCCUGAUGGGCACUGAUGAGGACUAAAGAGCUUCUGAGACAUCACGGGUCAUAACCUUUCGUCCAGGUGCACGCGGCGCCCUGGUGAUGGCAGAGAGAUUGUAUGCGUGUGUGUGUGUGCAUGCACAUACUCCGAAGUGUGUGCUUCUAUAUGCGCACAGAUGUGUGAAAGUGUUAUUAGACAGCCCCACCUGCACUAUCAUACUUAUUUGGGGGGAAAACGGCAGCAUCUUUUUUGUACAAAUGCUGCGAUUGGGUCUAAUUUUUUAUUUUUUAAAUUAGAGCCUUCUCUAUUACUUAAACGAAGCAGUUUCAGGUCGAACUGGUGUCGCUCUGAGAGUUACGGCUCCGUAUUAUUUGGCCUUGAGGCCCUUAUGAGGAUUUAUGUCCGAACCCCGUCCCCCCCCCUUCCAGAUGUUUUGCUUUUCGUAUAAUUUAAUGCCAAAACCAAAAAACUGUUGUGUUUGUGUGUGUGUGUGUGUGUUACAUGCAUCAGAAGAGAGCCAAUGACUUAUGAAUUAACUUGUACACUAAAUACAUCCAGUAAGGAAACUUUUGACUGCUGCAACAGUGUUGAGGCACCUUUUCAUUUUUGCUCCAAUCCAGCUAUCAGUGGACCGUGUGAGUUGACCCCAUGUAACCAGUGAGAGACUGUCCCUCCCGAAAGGUGACUCUGACAAUCGUUUGCCUUUUGAAGGAAGUCUUUCUGUGGCAGUGAACCUGAGUCACCGUGGUGUUUAUCCGUUGUAGAGUAAACAUUAUAUAUAUAUAUAUUUUCACCACCAGAUGAUACUGGGAGUUUUUCAGCGCUCAGUAAAAUUCCCUCCUCAGUCAUUGGAAUUUUAGUUUUAGACCCAUCUGUCCUAGUCGAUCAUGUUUCACUGUCAGUGCCGCUUUAAUACCGUAUCUCCUCCUCCUUCGCUGAACUCAGUGCUGCUAAACAUCGUGACAGCGAGCCUGGAUCUUCACGCUGUGCUUCAGCAGAACACUACACUCCCGAGUGCUGUGGUGUAUGCCGGUUUUAUUUGACUAACUUUCAGCAUGUUUCUGAAGGUUCAUGUGAAAUCCAGCUUUCAUGGUUUUCAAAGUCAUGUCUAGUUGAUGUCUUACCUGAUGCAAGUGUGUAGCCUUUUUACAUGCUGUGUUGUUGUUGUUGUUGUUUUUUUUUCUCUUUGUGUUGUCUUAACUUUCAACAUUGGUGCAAAAACGUCUCCUCUUUUCUUCUGUCGAUCACGUCUGUACAGGAACCUAAACCAUGCAAACCGCAUACAGUACGAUAAGCAUCAUGGGAAGUUUCUUUUGUACCCUUACUAGAAAUGUCGACACCCUAAUAGCUUCGAGAGGUAUCGCUUGAACCAUUUACACAUACUGUAAAUAGUUCACUAAUCUAUAUAAGCUAUCUUUCAUCAAGGCCUUUUUCUGUAUUCCAGUCCAUACCUAAAACCUGCGUUUAGCUUCGUCAUGAAAUAUUACUUACAAGUAUAGAUCCUCUACAAAUCCAAAUAUGUAAAAUGUAUAAAGAACUUGCAAAUGUAGAUGAAUACUGUUAAUGACCUAACCAGAGGUUUACUGAAUCAGUGCCUAAGAUGAAGAGGAAGUGAGGAGAUCCAUUUGACUUGAUUUGUAUACACACUCGGUGUAGUUUGACUCAUCACUGGGUUUGUCCCGUGCUGUGAUAUUUACGGGUUACAGGUCAGGGUUUCCGUAACAUGGCAAAGUAUUCUGCUACGUCACAUCAGUCAAAAACCAGCUCGAACAGUUCGACCUGUUGUUCCUGAAGUUAACCAUGCAAGACGCUUACGGUAUGCCUGCUAUGUUCGAACAGGAAACCGACUACUCAAAAUGAGUCACUGAUUUUAUCAAAGGAUGUAUUCGAGGUGAAACUCGCUCUCUUUUCACCUUCCUCGUGUCCACAGCUCAAAUCGAAAGUCUUAAAAGAUGCUUAUGUUUUCAAUUCAUUCAUCAUGACACUAUAAAAAUGACCACGGACUUAACGCGCCUACUUCAGACUGCCUCAGACACAGACGUGCCGAUCUCUCUGCUGUCUGACCAAUGAUUCAUGUCUGGCGUUUUUAUUAAUCUGUGUCUGUGGAAAGAUUUAGUCACCCACAACACUAAGGCCUCUUAUUUUUUAACUUCCUCUAAAACAGAGCUUAUAAGUAGAUUCCUGAAAAUGGCCCAGGAGUCAACUUCUGCUUUCCUCACAGAGCACUUGGUCAGAUUUGCCAGCGCAUGACGUCUCUGGAUAGGAGACGCUCUAGUGCUCAGUGAUCCGAGAUUCCUGAUGAACUGUUAAUUCAAUGGAAGGCUACUUACUUUUACGAUGGUUCCAUUCCUCGUCCUCUUCCUCAAGCAAACUCCCUGGGAAAAUGUAAUCGGACGUUUACUGUCUUGUGUUCCAUUUCUGUUUUCAUGUGAUGGGUUCUGCACUGGUUUGUCUGAUAAUUAUAUAUAUAUUACAACAGAACACUUGCACAUCCCUCAUUUUUUCUCUUUUUUGGUACUUUUAACUUAUUUAAUGUUAAUAAAAUAUUGAAACCUGA